AUGUCCAAAGGAAUCUUACAGGUACAUCCUCCAAUCUGUGAUUGCCCUGGGUGUCGAAUUUCGUCUCCAGUGAAUCGGGGGCGCUUGGCUGAGAAGAGGACAAUCCCCUUGCCUCCCACCAGGACCCCAAAGAAAGAGCUGCCCUCCAUCUUUUCACACAGCGACGACAGUGAAGAGAGUGACAAGGUCAACGGUCACCACCCUGAUGUCAAGCAAGAGGAGGAUUUGCAUAUUAGUAUCAUGAAAAGAAGGAUCCAUGCACACUGGGAUCUGAACAUCUCUUUCCGUGAGACCUCUUGCAGCCGGGACAACGACCUGACUUCCUUCAUCUCCAACCUGCACCAGAGUCGCCAGCUCGUUAUGCCAGAGACCCAGAGCCGCUGCGAGUUCAAGAGAAGCAGCCUCGACGUCGGCUUGGGAGGAGCGGAUGAAGUUUUAGGCAAGAGAAGAGCCUGUUCUCCCAACAGCAGCAGUGAAUGUCCUCUGGAAAACAAGAAAUCCCGGAGUGAGUCCCCAAAAGAGAAUUCCCACACGCCACUGCUGGAGGGGGCCGUGAGUCAGAUGACCCCAGAGGAGCACUACCGGCGGAUGAUGUCGGCUCUCAAUGAACACGGCGCCUUCGAGGAGCAGCAGCAGCAGCGUCUCUACCAGCUGGCCAACAGCAUGGCGGUUCCCAGCCACAGCGAUCUCCUCCGGGCACGGCAAGAGGUGGCAGCGGCUGCAGCACGCAAUCCCAGCACCAUGGAAGCCCACCUGCCUUCGGCCGGCAACUCGUCGAGUCAGCGCAGGAAGCAGGGGCUCCCGCAGCACCGGGAUUCACACUUCACCGAGAGGGAGAUGUCCCACCCACCACCUCUUCUGUCACCUCAGAAUGCUCCCCAUAUUGCAUUAGGCCCUCAUUUGAGACCCCCUUUCUUAGGGGUGCCAUCGGCUUUGUGCCAAACACCAGGUUACGGGUUUCUACAGCCAGCCCAAGCUGAGAUGUUUGCGCGGCAGCAGGAGAUGUUGCGGAAACAGAACCUGGCCAGGCUGGAGAUGUCGGCCGAGAUCAUCCGCCAGAAGGAACUGGAGAACCUGCAUCGACAGAGGCUACUGGCCAGCGACCCAAUGACCUUGCAUGCGGGUCUGCCGCCAGAUCACCCGGCUCUGCGCAAUGUCCACGACAUCCCCGAGGGGCAUCCGCUCCGGGACGAGCUCUCACGGAGGAACGCCAUGCUGGUGCUCCGGCACAACAACACUCCGCUGCUGUCGCUGAACCAUCACGGGGUCCCCAGCGCCUCCACCACCCCGCCCAAGGAGCAAGGUGGUGGUGGCGGCAGUAGCAGCAGCAGCAGCAGCAGAAGGGCGAACCGGAAAUCGGGGCACCACCGGGCCGAGGCCUCAGGCCAGAACGAAUCCAAAGAGCUGUCCGAAAGCCGGCCCCCUGACGGCAACGAUGAGGAGAUGAAGGACUCAGAGAGCGACGCCGAGGCAAACGAGGAGAAGCUGGAGAGUGUGAAGGCCGAGAGCAGUGCUUCGGCUGGCGAGCUCAAGGAGUGCAAAGAGACAGUGAAAGCCUGCGAUGGCGCCAAAGAACUUAGCGAAUUGGCUGCCAGCCAGAAUGCUCCUUGCAGCUCCUCCAGCGCCGACUCGCCCAGCCAUCUCCUUGGCCCGGUCAUCAACAAAACCGAAGCCAAAUACCUCCCUCCGGCCUCUCUCCCUCCACCUCAGCCUUUGCCAUUUGGGUUCCCGUACACCAUGAGCCCCUGUUUCCAUGCAGGCACCAUGGGAGGUCUCUUCCUGGAUGGCGAAGAGAGCCCGGCCCUGGAAGACGUCAGCAAGUGGUCAGUCGAAGACGUCUGCAGCUUUGUGGGCAGCUUAUCCGGCUGUGCCGAAUAUGCUCAGGUCUUCCGAGAACAGGCCAUUGACGGCGAGACGUUGCCCCUCUUGACGGAAGAGCACUUACUGAACAACAUGGGGCUGAAGCUGGGGCCAGCACUGAAGAUAAGGUCACAGGUUGCCAAGCGCGUGGGCCGCGUGCUGUACAUGGCCAGCUUCCCCAUGGCCUUCCCGCUGCAGCCCCCGGGCCUGCGCCCCACAGAGCGCGACUUGCCUCCCGCCGACCUGCGGCCCUCCUCCACGGGAAGCGUGGCCUCUUCUCCUUACGGCGGCUCCCUCCUCCCGGCCAGCCGGAUUUCACCAAAGCAGGAAAACGGGAACCCCUCCCUGAUGGCCGCCCUCAACGACACCGCCAAGCCGCCCUCGUAACCGCCCUCCGCCCAUCCGGCUGGGUCCUCGGCCUGCCGGAACUGAGCGCCGCCACCUGAAACGCUGAGACUCCUCAUCCCCCAUGAAGCUGGAAAGGGGGGGGCGGCGUUGUAAAGGAAUGCAUUCAACUUUGGGAUUUAAAAGAUGACAGGAAACCAAUCCAAAGAUCUCUUGGAAGCAAUUCAUAGGGUCAGACGGCUUUUGAAGAAAGGGAACUCGCUUUCCUUCUUGGCCUUUCUGGAAACCUGACUCUGGAAGCGAGACGCCCCCCAACCUUCUGGUUGCCCCCCCGCCCCCCCCCCCCCAAGCAGCAAGGAAACGUUUUGCAUUCAAAAUGUGUCCCUUGCUGGAACUUGUACACAGGCCCUCCUUCAGGGCGUCUAUGCAUCGCUAACAAGUUUUGAAACAAUACCAAAGACAAACGGACUGACCCAAGGCAAGUUCUGGUCCAUGUUUACUUCAGUUUGGACGGUACAGCACAGUAGCUCUGUGGCGUAGCAAGUCUUUUUUUUUUUUAAUUUUUUUUUUUAAAAAAACUAUUGUUGAGGUUUUGCUGCUUAAACCUUGCAAAGAUUGACUGCGACGGAGUCCCCCCCCCCUGCACGAACUGUCUUUUUGUGGAAGAAGGAAAAAUAUAGCAUUGGGGGGGGGGGGAAGGGGAGAGGAGGAGAGGAGCGUGGCCGAGAAGGGCAGAGGGCCUUCGCUUCCCAAACAGCGUGUGUACAGAAGACCCUGCUUUUAAUUUUUAUUUUGUUUCGUGUGUGGGGGAUGUGUGUGCGUAUGCGUGUGGAUACUGAGGGGGUGGGGCUUGUAGAGGGUGGAGUUGCACAUUUUACCUGGUCCCCACGGCUAGGUGAGAGGUACCCACGUGGGCCCCCUUCGGGGAGGGAGCUCACGUCAACCGCCGCCGCUGCCACCCCUUGCGACUUGUACAGUGGUGGAAAACAAUCACCUGAUUGAUGCUUGUCCGUCUCUCUCUCUCUCUCUCUCUGUCUCCUGGCCCUUCCUGUUUUAAAACACUGCACGUUCUACUUUUCUUUUUUUGAAAAUGCAAAGGUAAAAAAAAAACGAAAGAAAAAAUUAGCUUGGUGGUACCUUAGCUUCUUUAUAUAUUGUAAAUGGUAAUUAUCCGUCACACUGAGGGCCAAUGCUUUCCAGUAAAUCAAUUUA